AUGGGGUACUUGUUGGUGUUUGUUCUAGUUCUACUUCCUCUCUCAACUAGUAGCCAAUCUGUAGAUUCAACCACGGCUAACAGAACAACAUGCCCCAUGGAUCUUAGCUAUGUUCUUAGAAUUCCUUUCAGUUCUUCAUCAUGCAGAAACUUUGAUUCCCAGAGCAAAGUUGAUGCCACCCAAAACUUGUGCUGUCAAACCAUUCAGUCUCUCUUUGGUAUAGGCCUUGCACAAUACCUGAAAGCCACCAAUGUUUUUCUGCUUCCCAACAUAGCCACCUCAACUUCUUGCCUCCAAAACUUGCAGUCCAGGCUCACCUCUCUCCCCCUCCCUUCCAAUCUUGUUUCUUAUUGUUAUACUCCUUCACAUUUUGUCACAAGUCCCAGCAUCUGUGCCGGUAUUGAGACUUCACAAGAUUGGAUCUCCAGGCUUAACCAGACCACUGCAUUUGACUCUGAUUGUAGCGCAGACCUAACUUCUCGCACAUCCUGCAAUGCUUGCUUGGAGGCCGGGAAUAAGAUUCACACACAGUUGAUGGUCCUUGAUGGCAACACUACUCGCUCUAUAAAUUGUUUCUUCUUCACAGUGCUUUAUGCAGCAGCUGCAUUUGACUCUGAACCAGGUAGUGAUGGUGCCAUGACUUGCAUUUUCGGGUUGUCAUCAACUGCAGAUUCUCUGUGGCUUCAACAAAGAAAAGCAACAUGA